UAUAUGCCACUCACUAUGUAGUGAUAAGAGACUUUCUUUGAAAAAACAACAAUGGCAACAAUAUUAUCAUCAUGUAGCAGUCCUAAUAUAUUAGUAUCAAAUUCAAACACAAGAUUUACAAGCCCAGUUUGUAAAUUGAAUUCAGGGUUUUUGGGUCAGAAUAAAAAGCUUGGAUUUUGCAGACCCACUUCAAGAAUUGUUGGGCCAAGAAGUUGCAGGUCAAAAGGAAUUACAUGUUGGUUUAAGUUUGGUAAAAAUGGUGUUGAUGCUGAAGGUGCUGGUAUUUAUGGUAGUCAAUCUAGAGAUGAUUUUGACCGUGAUGAUGUUGAACAGUACUUCAAUUAUAUGGGUAUGCUUGCUGUUGAGGGCACAUAUGAUAAAAUGGAAGCUCUUUUAAGCCAAAACAUUCACCCCGUUGAUAUUUUGUUAAUGAUGGCUUCCGGGGAAGGUGACAAACCCAAAAUAGAGGAGUUGUUGAAAGCUGGAGCCAAAUAUGAUGUCAAAGAUGCAGAUGGAAGAACAGCAGUUGAUAGGGCAGCAAAUGAUGAAAUCAAGGAAUUUAUUUUAAGCUACUCCGUCCGAAAGGUGUGAUCUGAUCUAGCUCUGAAAGAUUGUUGUUAAGUUCUUGUUUCUUGUCAGAUUAGAUCUAAAAAAUGAAUUAUAAUUGUGUUUUUCUGAGAUUUGGCUUCCAUUGUUAUUGAUUUGACUUUGAGCCAUAUGUAUGUUAAUUAACUGGGAAUGUAAGUUUUGGGUACAGAAAUGAGAAUGUAAUUGGUUUGUUAA